CACGUGUGUAUCUGAUCUAAGAGUAAUUUUUCUCAUCGGAAUGCGCAUGCGAACAAGUAUGAUUAGGUGCUAAAGUGUAAAGCUGCGAGUUUGCUAAAUUCGCUCGACUACAACCCCAUCGGUCUGCUAUACAUAUCAACCAGAAAUAUAGGACUACAUCAUACUGAAACUCGUUGUUACAACAACAGAGUAGCUGGUCUAAAAGUUUAGGUUUAGCCGGAUUUAUUUUAGUGCAAGCAAUCGUAUUGUCUUUUUGAUCUGGUUAUUCUAGCUUGAUAGGCAGGACUAAGCGCCUGUAAAGUGUGGAGGCAACUGCAUUAGAAGCACGGGUUUGCGCAGUUUGUGUACGAAUUGUUUGAGCCCGCCCUUGAUUGUUAGUACCACAUCCUUGCUUACUGGGUUGAGGGUUUUGGAACCUUUGUUGCUGUGCUUUGUUCUAUGGAAUGCUUCAAAUUAGGGCUUGAUGCUUUUGUGCCCCCCAAACGCCCUGGUAUGGCCGAGAGCAGGGUGGGUUCGUCCCCCUCUCGAAAUACUCUCACACGGCCGCCCGUAUACAGCCUCUGCCAGGGAAGUCCUACUCACUGCCUUCUCGUGGCGGGGGUGUUGUUUACGAAAAUGAAAGGACGAAAAGCGAAUGUCCGGCGCUUUAACCGGAUUCCAAAUCGAUGGUGCACAUGGGUACCAGUAUCCUGCGGGAACAUAUGGCGUAUGAACUAAUCGUUGGUCACCGGCUACCGUGGGGCUGCAUCUCCUUACGAUGCUCCACUGCCUUGUUGGUUAGACCUUUAGGUCAAAGGUUCGGAGUGUGGCCCCCUAAGAUAACCACCUGCUUCGGUCUGGGCACCCGGGUAGUCCACACGCAAUUAAUGAACUGAAAUUGUGUGGCGCAUAUAUAUUUAGCGCACUCUUGUACCAAUAUAUAUGUGUUCAAAUAAAAUGAUGCUUUUGUGCUAUGUUAUAGCUUUAGAAACUACCUAGAUUUAGAAAAAUCCAGUGCUUUUUAUUGUUAGAGAUAUUACUUCUUUCAAAGCGUAGUUUUGCCUAAUGCUAAUCCGUAGGUCACCGAGUCUGAUCAAUGGGUGAUUUGAUGUUGUAGAUAUUUAUAUCUACGUUUAUUUAUAUUAUCUAUCCAUACCUUAAUUCAUGUUCCUAUGCACUUUAUAGUGUUAGUUGGUAUUUUCCAAUUGUUGUGUCAUUCAUUUAUAAGUGCUUCCAUGAUCUUCGUGAUAUCCUCACUGUCCAUUUACAUAACAUGAUAUGAUCAAAAGAUAAAUUAUCACCCUUAGUCCUUUGCCUAUAUUCGUCUGUCUGUACAAUACAUCAGCUAUUGUUGCCUAUUAUUAGUAGUCUAUUUUUAUCUUAUAGUUCUGGGCUUUCAUUUACCUUGUCUUCAACAAAUAUGUUUGUAGGAUUUUCAGUCAGUAGUGAUAAUUACGAAAAGUUAAGCUCAAUACAGGAAGGAUAAAAGUUGAGCACAUCUGCGUCCUUGUGACCAAUUAUGGACCAUGUGUCCAAUUUUAAUCUCAACUCCAACUAUUUAGCUUUCAUUUAUGAACACGAUUCUGUUCAGUAGUCACUAAAUUUGUAAACGGAUGCCAUAUUUUGGUUUGGCCCUUUUAGUUUUCUUUUUACUUAUUUCUAGUUCAGCCACCAUAGCUUGUAAAGUUCAGUGUCUUAGCCACUUCGAUCGGUGCAGAUUAAUGACCUCAAAAAUCAUUUUAUCAUCUUUCCGUGAUAUCUUGCCUCUGACCUCAUCAUUUCUAGUGAGAUUAUAAUCAAUAGACGACCUUUGAGCAUUUCUAAACUGACCUGGAAUGUGUCUACCUACUUGCUAGGGCUAAGUGAAGGUUAUAUAUUAGUGCCAAAAAUUAGGAUCUGCGGGUAAACGUUAGGGUUAGGAAUUACAGUUAGUUUUCAUCAUGCUUUAGUGCUAAAAUGCUAUUUAACCAUAUGGAUGAGUUUUGCACCAAAACUCAGGAUGUGCUAUCUUUGAUUUCUUUCGUUCGUCCAUAAUUUAUAAUCUCCUGGUUGCUCACUCCGUUGUUUCAUCAAGCCCUAGCAAUCCCUAAAGGAUAUCUCUGAUUAAAAUGUUUAGCUUACGCGUAUCUUCUCUUUAUAGAUCAUGCCCACAACCAUAGGGUAAUACGGAAUCAAGAUUACUUUCUGUUUUUUAUACUUUCCUAUUACAUUAGGACUUCUUAAAUUCGUGUGUAAAACCAUGCUAGAAUCUCUGCCGCUUGAGAAUAGCUAUCCUAGUAACGUCAAGCUUAAAUACAAAAAGCUAUCCUAUCAAGCGACAACUCCUACUCGUGGAUCUCUCUUUGCUGCUGGUUACGAUCUUUAUGCUGCUCAUGAAGCUACCAUACCUCCUGGGGGUCGUGAAUUAAUUAAAACCGACAUACAGAUUGAAUUGCCAGAAGGUUGUUAUGGUCGUGUCGCUCCACGAAGUGGACUAGCCUUAAAACAUGGGAUUGAUGUUGGUGCUGGCGUCAUUGACCGAGACUAUAGGGGAAAUCUUGGCGUAGUACUUUUUAACUUUGGAGAACAACAUUUUGAAAUAAAAAAAGGUGACCGUGUAGCACAACUGAUUUGUGAACGUAUUUUCUGUCCUGAAUUAAUGGAAUGUGAAUCGUUGGCGGAAACAGAUCGUGGUUCAAAUGGUUAUGGCUCAACAGGAGUGUAGAGCCUAAUAAUUUUAUCAGAAUCAAAAUAUUUUUUACAAUAAAUAUAUAAGAAAUAUAACCCAUUUUUUAUGCCUGUAAAUAACUUUUUAAAAAAUUAACAGACUAUCCAAUAUUGA